AUGCCAAUAAAUCGAAAUAUUGAUGGUGAUGAUGAGUUCUUACAUUACUUCGAUGAAGACAUUGGCAUUAGGUGUGGUUGCGAUUUCAGUAGCAAAAUAGAAGAAAAUAAUAAUGUUGAUUCAGAAGAGUUGUUUGAGAUAAAUUGGAAGAAGAAACCAUUGAAUUCAAUACAAGAAGAAGAUUGCGAGAGCAGUGUUUUCUCUAUUGAUAUCCACAACAAAAUCAAAUUAAAUGAUGUUGUUUAUGUGGCCGUUGGUGAAGCUGGUUCAAGCAUGGAAGCACUUUCAUGGACCUUAAAGCACUUAACUAACCCUAAUUCUACUACUGUCUCGCUUAUACACGUUUUCCCUCAAGUCAAGCGAGUUCCAACUCCAGUGGGAAAAAUUCCAAGGAGAUAUGCGAGUCAAGAACUUGUUAACAACUUCUUGAGCCAAGAGAAACGAAAGAGGAGAAUCUUCCUUCAAAAGUUUAUCGACAUGUGUACUGGCUCAAAAGUUAAGGUGGAAAUGUUGCUUAUUGAAGGUGACGAUGUUGCUAAAGCCAUUGCAGAGCUUGUUAAGAAUCUAAAUAUUAGAAAGCUGGUGAUUGGAACUUCCCAAUCUAAUCUAAGAAAACAUGUGUCAAGAAGACAAAAUUCUACUGCGGAUAUGGUGUUAAAAUUUGUAGAAGAAAGAUGUGAUAUUAAAAUCAUAUGUGAAGGAAGAGAAGUGAUUGAUGAGAUCAUUAAUGGAUGUAACUUCGAGCAUGAUGAAGUAGACGGUUUUUCUCCAAUCAAGCAAUCCAUGCCCAAACCCUUUUGGUUAUAUGCUUCCAGAUAUGAUUGGAAUUGGAACUAUGGCUAA